AUGAUGCUAGUGAAAACAGAGUCGACCUCGGAAGAAAGGAAGGGUAUUUUAGAUUCGAGAGGAGUCGCACAGCAGCUGGCCUUGGCGGACCGUGCCUGGAGUGUGAGGGAGCGACUCGAGGAGGAGAGAUUGCUCGCAGCCUCUCAUGAGGAGGUUUUGGACGGAAGGGUCGAGGAUGAGGACGAGGGUGAGGACGAGAAGAGAGACGAAGCAAGCGGAGUAGAGCAGAGCGAGCAGAGCAGAGCGAGCAGAGCCAGCAGGGAGCGAAAAGACGCUGCGGAUGGAGGUGAGGCACGAACCGCACGACGAAGCCCGAAGGAGUGGAGGGCAGCUGAGCGGUCGACUAAAAAGGAGCGUUGCGAGCUGAGGAUGGUUGGUGUAGGAAGAACAGAAGAAGAGCACGAGGCUCUCGCGCUGAGAGUCGUGCAGCAGGCGGCGGUCGCUAGCGGCACGGGCUCAGUGGAGCGGCCCAGCGGUACAGCGGUACAGGUACCUACAAACGCACUAGGACGGCGCCGUCGCACGAGGUCGCGCGAAUCAGCGGCAGUGGGAUGCGCCCCAGCCCCUGGCGGGUGUGGAGAGGCGACUGCCUCUGACGAGGGGCUCCUGGGGGCUGAAGCGCUGCUGCAGGCGCUGUAG